AAAACGGACAACAAUUAUUUAACAUUUCGGACUCAUGAAGCGGACACACCGGUGGCGAUCUCCCCAGACUGAAUCUGUCCUCCGAAGUCAUGAGUUUAUACCACAGCCCCGUGCCGCAGUCCGGCGUGGCUGCCUCGGCUCUCGGCCUGUCCGGUUCCUCCCUCAUCUAUGUGUACGGUGGCGAAGUUGGAGGCAUCAUCCCCGCGCUGGGGUUCGCGUCUGGCCGGCAGGAGCCUCCACAAAAACCCCCGUACAGCUACAUCGCGCUCAUCGCCAUGGCAAUCAAGAACGCGCCGGACAAGCGCGCGACCCUCAGCGGGAUCUAUCAGUUCAUCAUGGACCGCUUCCCAUAUUAUCACGACAACAAACAAGGUUGGCAGAACUCAAUCCGCCAUAACCUCUCGCUCAACGACUGUUUCAUUAAAGUGCCCAGAGAGAAGGGGCGACCGGGCAAAGGCAGCUACUGGACGCUGGACACCAAAUGCCUGGACAUGUUUGAGAACGGAAACUACCGGCGGCGGAAGAGAAAGUGCCGGACUCAGGACACAGGUGACACCAAAGUCGGUCACAAGAGAACUCGGGUGACGAGCUUUAAACUCCAUCAAGGUGCCCAAUCAGAGAAAGUCUCUCCACUCAAGCAAAAUCCUGGAAGAGAUAUUAAGGAGAAGUCGAACGACACCCAACCUCAAAACGAAGAGGAAAAUGUAGCCUCAGAAUCCGCCAAAGACUGGUGUUUGGCAUCCUCGACCACGAUUGUCUCCCUCCCGAGAUGCACGACACCUGAACGGAGCAGCACGGUGGCUGUAAACACUCACACACCGCUUUCAAGCGCGAGCGAGACGCGUGUGCCCGUGAAGAGUGACACUGGACGCGCGCAAUCUGGAGACGCCAAAUCUAAAGAAUCAAACCCAAGGAAAACAACAGACAAGGCAAAGGAGUUUAGCAUUGACAGCAUUCUGUCAAAAAAGGAGAACCAGUUCCAGCGGAGGUGCGCAGCUGCUGGAGGAGCCUCCGUGGAUUCCCGCGGUUACGCGCUCGCGUCCUCGCUCAUCGCACACGCGCACCCACAGCUGUACCCGCGCGGAUUCCCGCUCUGCUCCUACCUGUCUCUCACCUGUCCUGACAAAAUACUGAGCUUAACAGAGAAAACGGAUGAGAAACUAUUCUUUUGAUGACUCCUUUGUACCAAUAACUAGUUUUAUUUCUGGAAAAUGUCAGUGUUGGUAACAUUCUGUCUUUAGCAUAUUUGUUUGUUUUUUUAACGGCUAAUUACAAACGAAAGCAUAACAAAUAUCAACCCUUAUGAAAAUGAACCACAAAAGAGAGCAACAAAAGAAGGGUUUAAUCUACAGUAUAUUACCCAUAAUUUUCUAGACUAACCAUACAUUAAUCACAUGUUUGUAGUAAAAUUGUGUUUUUACAAAUGGUAAUAAAAAGCAUAGUUGCUACGCGUUUACUGUAACAAUACGAUGGUUAGAUAUCACAAGAUAGUUUUUUCUUCUUCUAUUAUUGUUGUCCUUAUGGAAUUCAACAUGGGUGGCCGCUCUGUAAACUGUAACAGUAGUUAAUUAUGAUGAUGUGUGCACUAUGAUCAAGAACACACUCAUUGCAACCCAUCCCGAACACAGAUGUCUUUGUAAAAUGCUAAUGUUUAUAUGAAGAAGGGUUUUAUGCAUUCCUCAUAGCGGCUACUUGAAAAAUAGCUGUUGUUCCUGUCCUCUCCUACAACUUAAACUAUAGAUAGACAAAAACUCAAAGUUGAUUUACUGCUUAAACAUUCACCUGUGGGAAGAAAACAAACAUUGAUUUGUAUUGUGGACGAUCUGAGAACUCAAUUUUUCAAAUAAACGAGUGGAAGUGACA